AUGUCUAUCCCCGAGCCAACCUCCAACUCCCGUAAUGGCACUACCUCGCACACUCUGAGCCAAAAUAACGUCAGUCAAGUCCCGCCGGCAAACCAAAACAGCGUGAACCGCUUCGCCCGGGCACCGGCAGCAGAAGGUCCCUACUACGCAGGGGCACGAAUGCCGGAGCGAUCCACGCACCUUGCCGGUCUAUCAAGUCAAGUCAAUGCGAUGGAUGACAUCCUGAAGACCCAGAAAUGA